AUGGCCUACGUGCACCAGGCCAGCGGCCAGGCGAGGUCCAAGUUGGCUUUUGCAAGAUUUUGCCGUUGGAGCUUCGAUGUCAUGUCGCAGGCGGAGUUCGCCGCUUGGUGGGAGGAGCAACGGGAACUGCGGGAGAAUUGCGUUCCUUUCGCCGAUGCGUUGAGGCGCGAGGUGGCCAGGCGCCUGCAGCUGCGCAACUUUCGGAAGCUUGCGCUGCUUUGCGGCGAGCAGUUGCUGGGGCCGGACAGCCCCUGGAACAGCGUGGAGUCGCUGCUUGCUGUGGUGAAGCCAUAUGUCGAUGUCGGGGAUGGGGUGGCAGACUUCUUGAAAGCCGCCUCUGCCGGUGACGCUGCCACAGUCAUGCGCUUCUUGGACAAGCCCCUAGAUCCCAGCACCUGCGAUGGGCGAAAGCGAUCGGCACUGCACGAGUCAGCGCAGGGCGGGCACGUGGACAUCGCGCGUAGCUUGCUGGAGGCCAACGUGGACAUGGACGCCUUCGAUACGUUCGGGCGCUCGCCCUUGCAUUGGGCAGCCAGCAAGGGCCACUUGCAUGUUGUGACCAGCUUGCUGGAAGCUGGCGCCAACAAGGACACCAAGGACCCAAAUCGGAAGACUCCUAUGAAUCUAGCUUCUGCAGCUGGCCAUUAUGACGUUGUGCAUGUUUUGCGGCCUACGCCGCACUGA